UUCCCCACGGCCCUCCCGACCAACAGCCGGGGUUCCUGGGCCCCCCCCCCCGCAGCCCCAGAGCCGGGCAGAGGCCUGCACCUGCGGGUGGGAGCACCAGGGCCUGUGUCACCUGUCAUCGCUAUGAGCGCUGCGGACUGCACAGAGCAGGUCAGAGCACAGCCACGCUGGAGCUCGGGGGCUGAGCUGUGUAGGACCCUGUGAGAACCUCCUCCGCUGCCACAGGAAAGGUUUUGUGUCUCACGGGGUUUCUGCCGGCAGAUUCAAGCCACGCGUGCCAUAGAUUGCCUUAUUUGUGAAGGUGUUUGAAGUCCUCGAAUUUAGCCUUUGGCCACCUUAAAUCUCGCUUCUAAUCCCCAGCGCAGUUAAUCACAUCCACAGUGGUUUGAAUUAUGGGAUGUCUGGAGGGGAUUUAUAGCUUGUAUUGCUGAUUAUACCUUGACUUUAUUAUAUUGCACAUAUAUCUAACUUGUGGUCACGGCUGAGAUUUACAGUCCUCAGGUAGGUGCUUAGGAGAACUUUUAGCAACUCCCGAUGUAAUUGGAAGUGACUGAUGGGGCUGUCACUGCAGAUAAACACGUAAUCUGUGAAACAUUAAUGCUCUUAAAUUGGAGAGAGGAGGCAGAAAAGGUGAAAAGGUUGGGGCAGCCCUCAAAGGAAAAAAUGGGGUAUUGCUGAGCAAGACUGAGGCAUCCCUGCCUGGGAGACUCUGAAAACACUUUGGUCCUUCUUGCUUUUUCUGCUCCCCAGGAGGAUUUUAGGGUUUAGCCCUGGUCAGGGGGUGGUAAAGGGGUGUCAGCCCCAAGUCAGGGUGCUCACAGAGCUGAUCCCCAUGGCCGUGGCACUGACAAGGGGAGGGUGGUGGUGCCAUGCUUCUGGGGGGCUCACUGGGAGCCCUGCAUGGUGGGGGACUUUGUGUCAGGGGCUGCUCUGAGCUGUGAUUUCUCCCCCCUUGGAGGAGCAGUGAGUCCCACGAGGGCGCGUGACCCCCGGCCAGCAUGACAAGCGAGGUGGUGGAGAACGAGUUUGAGUUUUACUCCAAGGCAGAGAAGUACUGGAAGGACGUGCCCGCCACAGUGGAUGGCAUGCUGGGGGGCUACGGCCACAUCUCCAGCAUCGACAUCAACAGCUCCAGGAAAUUCCUGCAGCGGUUUUUGCGGGAUGGCCCCAACCGAACAGGAACAACCCGCGCCCUGGACUGUGGGGCCGGCAUCGGCCGCAUCACCAAGCGGCUGCUGCUGCCCCUCUUCAAGACAGUGGACAUGGUGGAUGUGACCGAGGACUUCCUCACCAAGGCCAAGAGCUACCUGGGGGAGGAGGGCAGGCGGGUGCGCAACUACUUCUGCUGCGGCCUCCAGGACUUCAGCCCUGAGCCCAAUUCCUACGAUGUCAUCUGGAUCCAGUGGGUCAUCGGACACCUCACUGACAACCACCUCUCCGACUUCCUGAAGCGGUGCCGCGCCGGCCUGCGGCCCAAUGGCAUCGUGGUCAUCAAGGACAACAUGGCUCAGGAAGGUGUCAUCAUGGACGAUGUGGACAGCAGCGUCUGCCGGGACCUGGAUGUGGUCCGUAAGAUCAUCCGCCGGGCCGGGCUGCACCUCCUGGCUGAGGAGCGCCAGGAGAACUUCCCCGAUGAGAUUUACCACGUCUACACCUUUGCCAUGAGAUGAAGGUGCCUGGUGACAGGAGAAGGUCUCUCCAGGACCAGGACAGCGGUUCCUGCCGGGGCCAGGAGGGGUGAGGACUGUGCCUUCACCACGGGGCUGCGCAUGGCAGGGAGGGCGUUGUGACUCCGUCUGCCUGGGGCUGGUGGUGAGGACGAGGCUUCGUCUUCCAAGCUGCUGCUGUUUGUGAAAAGAGGUGUUUGCCAAAUACAUUUUCCUGCUGUUGGACUUAA